AUGGCGCUCACGCGGAAGAGUACCAUCGACAAGAGUUACCCCCGCACGCGGAGCGGAUACGCGUUCGAGAUCAACACGCCGGCUUCGCGACGCGUGCUGGCCCGUCUCCGGCCGGGCAAGAGCGCUCUGGUGGUACACGAGACCAUCUGCAGAAAGGACAGCCUCGAGAUCACCGAGAAGCACAGACUUAAACUUCUGGAGAGAGCGACGGCAGCGCCACAGCGGCGAAUACUGGUAACUCAUGGGACCGACACUCUCCUACAGACGGCGCAGUGGCUGCAGGAGCAGCUCCAGAGCCAAAUAGGCUCCAACAGUCGCCUGGUGGUCUUCACUGGCGCCUUCACGCCAGAGAGUAUGAAGGACAGCGACGCCGACUUCAACCUGGGCCUCGCCAUGGGCGCGCUGCAGACCCUGCAGGCCACCGGCAACAGCCGAGUCUACGUCGCCAUGAACGGUCUGGUGUGCCCGUGUGAGUCGAUGGAGCGUGACCCGGAGACGGGCCAGUUCCUGCCGUGUCGGCGCCCUCGCUCCCGCGACCUGGGCCGACCGCGGUCCGCGGAGCUGGCGCACCAGCGCAGUCUCGACUCCCUGCUGGACACCGAGAGUGCGCCGAGUAUAAAUGGUCUGGCGGCGGCCUCCGCUGUGGAGCAGCGGCUGGAGCGGCGGUCGACACCGGAGCCGAGGCCGGAGCCGCAGCCGAGAAGGCAGACUCCACCGCCAGUGCCGCAGCGCAUGCAGACGCUGGAAGACCUGCUGGAGGAGGACGAAGCGGGCGAGGCGCGACCGACCGACGCGGCGUCCGCCAGCGCUGCGCGCACUCUGCUGCGCCGGCUCUCGGAAGGCGGCCACGAGCUCUUAACGGCAAACAUCGCCGAGGAGUACCUGUGA